AUGUCGACUUCCGAAAAGGAUAUCAAGAACGGCGCUGCCGUCGACCCCUCAAUCGAGGUUGAGUACGCCAGCGACCCCGACAGAGCCGGCUUCGACCAGGCUGCUACCAAAAGACUUCUACGCAAGAUCGACUGGACUCUGAUUCCUUUCCUUGCCUUGCUAUACCUGCUGUCCUUCCUGGACCGCACCAACAUUGGCAAUGCUCGUCUCGCAGGUCUCGAGAAGGACCUGGGCAUGCAGGGCCUCGACUACAACGUCGCUCUCUCAGUCUUCUUCCCCUGGUAUGUCGCUGCCGAGAUUCCCUCCAAUUUGGCCAUGAAGCGCUUCCGCCCUUCAAUCUGGAUCCCCUGCAUCAUGGUCGCCUGGGGUAUUUGCUGUACCCUCAUGGGCCUCGUUCAUAACUACGCCGGACUCUUGGCUGCUCGCAUGGCUCUUGGUCUUGCUGAGGGUGGUCUCUUCCCCGGUAUCACCUACUAG